GGCGCUGCCGGUGGCUCGGCCCCGGGCCGGGUCCCGCAGAGCCGCGGCGAUGGCGGCCGGGCGGGAGCGGGCCGUCCGCCUCCUGCGGCAGCUGCAGCGGGCCGCAUGUCGGUGCCCGAGCCAUUCCCACACUUACUCCCAAGUCCCUGAACAGCCUACCCUGGGGAAUACAGACUAUGCAUUUGAGAUGGCCAUUUCCAACAUUCGAUAUGGAGAAGGAGUUACUAAAGAGAUUGGCAUGGACCUGCAGAAUCUUGGUGCUAAAAGAGUUUGUUUGAUGACAGAUAAAAACCUCUCCCAACUCCCUCCUGUAAAUGCAGUACUGAAUUCCUUGGCAAAAUAUGGUAUAAACUUUCAGAUGUAUGAUAACGUCCGGGUGGAGCCAACAGACCAAAGUUUCCUGGAUGCCAUUACAUUUGCUAAAAAGGGAGAGUUUGAUGCUUAUGUUGCUGUUGGAGGUGGGUCUGUAAUGGACACCUGUAAAGCUGCCAACCUCUAUUCGUCCAGCCCUGUGUCAGACUUCUUGGAUUAUGUCAAUGCUCCUAUUGGGAAAGGGAAGCCAGUCACUGUGCCCCUCAAGCCACUUAUUGCAGUUCCUACGACAGCUGGAACUGGAAGUGAAACCACUGGUGUUGCCAUUUUUGACUUCAAAGAACUAAAAGUAAAAACCGGUAUUGCUUCAAGAGCCAUUAAGCCAACAUUAGGCAUCAUUGAUCCUUUACACACACUAUCUAUGCCUGAGCGAAUAGUGGCCAACAGUGGCUUUGAUGUGCUUUGCCACGCUCUAGAGUCGUACACGGCUCUUCCUUACAACAUGCGCCGUCCCUGCCCUUCAAAUCCAAUUAACCGGCCAGCUUACCAAGGAAGCAACCCCAUCAGUGAUGUCUGGGCUCUCCAUGCUCUGCGCAUUGUGGCUAAGUAUUUGAAAAGAGCCAUCAGAAACCCUGAGGACCGUGAAGCAAGAGCCAACAUGCACCUAGCAAGUGCUUUUGCUGGUAUUGGCUUUGGCAAUGCUGGUGUUCAUCUCUGCCAUGGAAUGUCUUACCCUAUUUCUGGCUUGGUGAAAACGUACAAACCAAAGGAUUAUAAUGUGGAUCACUCUUUAGUGCCACAUGGCCUUUCUGUGGUGCUGACAUCCCCAGCAGUGUUUGCUUUCACGGCACAGAUGCAUCCUGAGCGGCACUUGGAAGCUGCAGAGAUACUAGGCGCUGACAUCCGCACUGCCAGAAUCAAAGAUGCGGGGUUUAUUUUGGCAGACACGCUCCGGAAAUUCCUAUUUGAUCUGAAUGUUGAUGAUGGCUUAGCUGCAAUUGGUUAUUCUAAAGCAGACAUCCCUGCAUUAGUCAAAGGCACUCUGCCUCAGGAGAGAGUGACUAAACUAUCACCACGACCCCAAACAGAAGAAGACUUAUCUGCCCUCUUCGAGGCUUCCAUGAAGCUUUAUUAGCUUAAAAAUUUUGUUCUGAAAAGUAUGUUGUAUUCUAACACAAAGGUAAUUUCUUAUAGAUACAGGGCUGAAUUUGUUUAGAGAAUGAAAGAAAUUGGGUACCUUUGACUUCUGUUGAAUUGUACAAAUUGUACUGCCAAAAGGUCAAGUAAUUCAUCUUCAGCUAAAUAGUGCUUUGAAGCGAAGGCUCGAUGAUGUUUCUUUUCUUGCUUAGUAGUCAGUGGUAUUAACUUGCAUAAAAGUUGGAGCAGAUUUCUCGCUUUACUGAAGGCUUUCUUGUGCUUUAGAGGUGGUCAGAGGUGGAAAAAUGUUUUAAGGGAUCUUCCAAACCAUUUCAAAAAUAAUGUUUUUUAUUUAAAUUGUCCAUGAUUGUCUCUAAGAAGUCAUGCUAUUUAAGAAAUAAUUGAGGUAAUUUUUAAUAAAGAAGGGUGAGUCCCUUGCAGACAG